AUGAAGCCGCUCUGCGGGGCUGCGCUCCUGCUGCUGAUCUUCUGCGCCGCUGCCUGCGCCCAGGAUAACUCGUGCAUCUGCGAGAAGAACAAGCGUGUCACCAACUGCAGGCUGCUCAACGGCGUGUGCUGGUGUGACUCGGUUGGCUCCGGCGUGUCCGUGAACUGCGACACUUUGACUUCAAAAUGCCUGUUGAUGAAAGCGGAAAUGACACGGCAAAAAUCGGGUCGUCGUGAGAAACCAAAAGAUGCAUUUGAGGAUACUGAUGGCCUUUAUGAUCCCGAGUGUGAAAAUACUGGUGUUUUCAAGGCAAAGCAGUGCAAUGGAACCACUUGUUGGUGUGUGAAUACAGCUGGUGUUAGAAGAACUGACAAACAUGAUGCAGACUUAAAGUGCAAUCAAUUAGUCAGAACGACGUGGAUCAUCAUUGAAAUGAAACAUGCUGAGAGAGACACUCCUCUGAACACUGAAUCCUUGAAGAAGUUCUUCCAGGAAACCAUUACCAAUCGUUACAUGCUGAAUGGACGCUAUAUAAGUAGUGUUCUGUAUGAAAAACCUUUCAUUACUAUUGAUUUGAAGCAAAAUUCCUCAGACAAAUCUGCUGAAGAUGUGGAUAUAGCUGAUGUGGCCUACUACUUUGAAAAAGAUGUAAAAGGUGACUCCGUCUUUCAUAAUAACAUACUAAACAUCAGUAUCGAUAAUGAAAUGCUGCGUUUGGAGAAGACCGUGGUCUACUACGUUGAUGAAAUAGCACCAGAGUUUUCCAUGAAGUCUCUGACUCCUGGCCUCAUUGCUGUCAUUGUAGUAGUAAUAGUAGCGAUAGUUGCUGCAAUCGUUGUUCUGGUGCUCACAAGGAGGAGGAAAGGGAAGUACGUGAAAGCAGAGGUAAAGGAAAUGAAUGAAAUGCAUAGAGGACUCAACGCGUAA